AUGUCUGCUAUAGAAGAUAAGAUUUCUCUACCCUCUAAUCUUAAAUAUGAAGAAUACUGGUUAAGUACAAACCUUCAACAAUGGUCGGUUGAAUCGUUCGACAUGUUCUGGAUUCAGAAAAAUCCAAGUCUUCAUCAAAAAAAAGAACAGGCUCAUUCUUCGUUAGGCGACGAGUUAAUAAUUCUCGCUGGCGCAUCUGAUAAACGAGUGGCGGAGAAAGCACAGUCAUUAAAGAAAUUGCUCAAGGAGGGUUUGGAUGCUGUCUUAACCCGAUGGGGAGGAGAAGCGCGACGGCUUCAUCCAUUAUAUGAUUCUUUCGCGUGUAAUUAUAAAACGUCAGAAAUAAGUAAUAUCAUUUGGGAUAGUAGUGAAGAGAUCGCAAAGUCCCAAGUUCGUCUAACGCUUAACGAACUAUUAACUAAGAUGAAUAUCAAAACAUCUUUUGUCGCUGAAAUCGGCAGUUCCAAACGUCCUUCAAAAUCUAUGCAAGACAAUAAUGCAACUGCUUCAGAUAGUAAUAAAAAGAUUAAAACUACGAAUACAGAUAAAAUUGAAUCGGAUUAUAAUGGCCUGGAAGAGAGUGAGGUGCAACUGAUUGAUAGAGUGCAAAGUGAAGAAUUAGCUUCAGUGGAGAAGCCUAAUGUUACAAGACGGCUAGAUGGUACGAAAGAAGACAAUACAGAAGAAAAUUUUAUAAAUUCAGUGAUCCAUGCCUCAAACACUUUCGGUCAAGUUCAAUUUCCAAUAUAUUAUAGUAAACUUAAAUAUUUAUGGGAUAAUCAAGAUGCUGUAGCUUAUCAUGUAAUCGAUUUAGGGAAUAAAGAGAUAUUGACUCAGGUUCAUGAACUUUUAGAUGAGGAUGAGUUGAAAUUGUUAUAUAAUAGGUUAGUAUUAGAUGACGAGAAUAUGUACAUAGACGAAAAGACACGCAAUGAGACAAAAAAUAUGAAAGGAGAAAGCGAAAACUUUAAUGAACUAAUUGAUGAAAUGGAAGGGAAAGUGCGUCAACUGAAUGGCUUACCCGAAAAAUAUCAUUACCUUUCCAACACCUUUCCCAUACCGGCACAACAUUACGAUCAAUCCAAAAUGCCAGAUAUGUUUAUCAUUAAGAGUGUAUCUAGUCACCUCGAUACUAUCAUAAAGAUGAAUGGAGCCAUGAUAAACACCCCUGAACGUACAUGGACUGCUCAUGUACUAGCAUAUCUGUUUUUUGUUACAUUUUGUUUCAUCGACUCAUUAAAUUAUUUUUCAUGUGAACGAAAUAUUGCUACAAAAAUUGAUGUCCCCGAAAAUGAUUUUAAAGCCGAUGGUGUGUUGGAACUUUUCGAGCGACCAAUUCAAAUUCCGUUAUUUUUGCUCGAGGUAUCGGAAGGUCCCAAAAAUCCGGAUCCAGACAAAAUUAAUGAAGAUAGGCAGAAGUUGAUGAAAGAGGGCGUUUUUGCUAUUAAUAAGUUUAUGACGAGAACGAAACUGCCAACGUGGGAAGUGUGUAGUAAAUUGAAAGUUUUUUUGGCUCAAGGAUUUAGCGAUAAUGUUGAAAUCGGCCAAAUGAUUUUUAUUGGACCUGGCUUGUAUUUGUUUGCGCCAUUUACAAUUCCGGCUCUCACUAUCCCAACUUCGACUGAUAACUUAGAACAUGUGUCUCGACUUAUUCGAGCACUCUUAUGUUUACGAUAUAAUGUUCUUAAGGAGAUUAAGAUAUUUAAGAAGUUUGCAAAAGAAGGACAGCGGUAUAUUGCGAAACCUUUAAUUAAGUAUGCAACUGGUGUCACACCAGGACGGCAUAAAGCUGUGAC